AUGGUUGGAAAGUGUGGGAAGCUGGUGCUGUGGGUGCUUGGGGCCAUGCUGCUUUCAUGCUGCUUGUACAUGGAAACAGAUGCCACCUUUGAGCUGGAGGUGGGUUUGGAGGAGAGUGGAGAAUCUACAGGAGAGCCAAUGGCAGCCUCUGAUGAGUUGUUAUACAGACGACACGGCGCUCUAUCUCGAAGGAAGAGGGACGUCUUGUUUCCCAGCGGAGUCAAGCUUUGCUCUCAGGAGACGUUCGACCAAGCUAUUGCGAACCACCUCAGCUACUUCCAUCUCAGAGUGUGUCAGGAGACAGUUUGGGAGGCCUUUAAGAUCUUCUGGGAUCGGCUGCCCGAGCGGGAUGAGUACCAGGGCUGGGUGAGCCGCUGCAUGGAUGGCUCCAUCAGUGUCAUGGACAUAGGCAGAUUCUUCAGCCAAUCAGAGGAGCAUCGGAGUCUCAUCAGGAGUAGAGUUGCUCUGGUUGCUGCAAUGAACAUUGUGCCCAUCAGCCCUACUCCAUGCAGCUCAGAGACACCGACCACUCAGACUGGAGAUGCAGCGACCGAGAUCUCACCAGGAGAGAGUGACAUCAUCAUUGGAUCAGAGACAAUCACAAUCAAGCAAGACGAUCUUACUGUAGAUCUUGAGGUCACUUCUUGGGUUCCUCCGGUCUCUGUGACUAAAGGUCCACAUCAAGAGUCUACGGCACACAUUAACACUGAGGUUUUAAGUGUUGGGGGCCUGCUUGAGGAUUCUGUGGAGGUUGCAACAGAGGCUGAUUACGCUGUUACACAUAAGCCUUUAAAUUGGAUCGAUCAGGAAAUUGGGGAAGACAAAACUAUCCCUGAAAUAUCAGAUAAGGAGGAGGCUGUAGUUGAAGAUGACAAGAUCAUUGGGAUCAUCCCUGAAAAUGUGAUCAUAGUUGACUCUGAGGUCAUUCAGGAAGUUACCCCAAAAGGUGAGAAACCUCCAUUAGAGGUUGUGGCCCAUGAAGCACCCACAGAAGAAACUGUUGUGGUUCUUCAGAAGCCCACCACAGCAUCCGAAACUAUCACAUUGGAGGAAUUAGGGCAGAAGGUACAUCCGAAGGUGACCUCUGAGGCUCCUUCAGAAGUCAUGAUACAGCACAUCCCUAAGGCAACCACGGAAGAUGCUGUUGAGACAGAAAUUAAACGAAUUCCAGAAAAAUCUCUGGAUAUCCAUGACAAAACAUUCACUAAGGAUUUUGUAGAGAAACCCUCAGAGGAUUUAAAAGAGCCAAUAGAUGAAGCAAUACCACUUCCAAUUCCUGAAGAAGCUGAAGAAGACACAGAGACAUCUGCACCUGAGAUAACAGUGGAACCUCCAGGUGGAUCUGAAGUGGGAAGUGAGGAAGAAAUCUCAAAGGCUCCACUUGAAACAUCUCCAAAAGCUGUCACUGAUGCCCAACCAGACACAAUUUCAGAGGUAGAAACCCCUAAGGGGGUCACCCCAGAGUCUCCUAAAGAGCUUCCCAGUAAGGAAGAUGGUGCCUCAGAUGAGGGCAGUAUCCCGGUAGCUUUAGAAGACCCUGAUCAAGAAUCAGCUGAGGGUGACUCCCCAACUGAAGAAGUGGAUGAAAUCUUAACAGAGACUCCACUAGAAGUGGCACCUGAGUCAGUUGAUUCCAUCACCCUAGAAACAGUUGUGGAUUUCACUGAAGAGAGAACACAAAGUACUACACUGGGUGCCACUGAGGAGUCUACCCCUACUUCCUAUUUGGAGGUUACGACCAAGUAUGUGGUCGAAUACAAUAAUGGUAACUUUCCCGAUCUUACAGAGAGGGUUUAUGACGUAAAUGGCAACUUUUUUGGAAACAAUGGCUUCAAGUUGGAGGAUGAGGAGGAGAACUUGAUUGGCAAUGAGAUAGACACGUUACUUCUGCCCCCGAGGCCCCUGAAGGAUGAGGUGGUAGAGUUGAGCAUGAAACUGAAAGAGGAAACCUACAACGAUGCGCUGAGAGACCCAAGCAGCUUUGAGUAUCAGCAGCUGGCCAGACACUUCAAACGCAGGAUUGAAGACGCCUUUCAUAGAGUGCCGGGCUUCAAGACGGUUUACAUUGUGGAAUUCAGACCCCAGAAGGAUCUGGAGCGGGGUUUGGUGGUCCUUGUGCACUAUGCCAUCACUCUGGAGGUGGAUGGGAGUGGGAUUGCCAACGACACGUUGGAUUUCAUCUCUCUGCAGAACAACCUUGUGGAGAAGAACUACCCUGGUUCCGCUGAGCAGCCCACUGUUGUCUACACCAUCACUGACUUCCGCAACUACAUCACUGAGGCUCUGCACAAAGACAACUUCAUGACCAACAAUAGCCUGGAGACACAGGGUGACCCACUGCUGUUGGAGAAUGCAGAGAACUUGUUGCCUCCUGUGAAACCAACAAGUCAACCAUUUGACACCUUUGACAACAUGGACAAUGUCCUCGCUGCAGAGAAGCCUCCCGAUGCACCGACGCAUGAGGCGGAUGACAAUGAUGUUUUCUCAAAGAAGGAGGACUUCCUGUUCGAUCCUUUCAGCCAGUGGAAAGCUCCACAGCUUGACAGGACAAGCGAGAAUGAUGUCUUUUUGCUUGAUGAGAGUACAGCGUCUCCACUGAACCCUGAAUUUCCACAGAAGACCUUCGAUCUGGAGACUCGAAACAGUGAUGGAAAAAUUGAAGAUGAGGGAUUCCUCUUGAGUAAUUCUCCCCCUGCCAGUGACAAAGCCAACCGAGAGAAUGAUGCUGUCAGUCCUGAAAUUUCCUCUGCAGCCAGACAACCCCCUCCUGUAAACCAGCAGACAAUACCUGGGCUCACUCAGAAUGAUGGUUCUGGCUCUGGGUCCUCUGGAGACGACCAGGAAACUGAUCUUUGGAUUUGGCAGACUUCAGUGACAUUCAGUGACAAUGAAGGUGGAAGCCUGGACAUGCUCCCACCGCCUGACCUGGAGGAGACUGAAGAGGAGGACAUUGAUUUAGGCGAGGUUGCUGUUGAACCAUUAACUACUAAGGAAUCUGUUUUGGUUGACAUGGGAGUAGAAUUUCUUUUAAAAGCAACAGCAGCUCCUGUUUUUGAAGAAGCAUCGUCAGAAGGACAUUUUGAAAAACCUUUUCUGGAUGAGGUCCUGGUGACUCCGCACAUAAGCACUGAUCCCCGAUACUCAACCACAACUCAUGCACCUGUUUUUUCUCCCAAAGAAACUCUGGCUGUUGAGUUUUCUGUACAAACAGUGGAAGCGUCUGGCAUGUAUGAUGACUACUCCUUGACUGAGCCUCAAACCCCUGUGGGAGUAGUUACAGAUUCUCCUGAACCUGGGGCUUGGACUCAGGAGGAAGCUGUUUUUACUGGACCAUCGGAUUUAGCUAUUGGGCUUCAUAAAACCACUGAAGAGGUGGAAGUGCCUAGUGAAACAACAAUAGAGCUUUCAAUGGUUACAACUGAAUCUAAAUAUGCAGAAAAUGGACCUGAGAAUGUAGAUGUUCAAGUUACAGUUAUAUCUGGACCACCUAAAGUACCUGAUAGGGACAGCCCUGCUACCCCACACACAAUCACGGGCAGUGAUUUCAGCUUUGAUGCCAUCACUGAUGCACCAUCAAUAGUUGAAGUUCUUACAGAAAAACCUGAACUGCUACUGGCAGGAAUAAAAGCCCAAGAUCGGGUUGAAAUUUUGGAAGAACAGCAUAUCGGGACAACAACAACAGCACCAGCAAAUAAAGUACAAGAUGAGGACCUGAUUGUGGAUGAGGUGAUGAUCGCCAUUACAACAACUACUACUCCAGUCCCAACUUCAUCAGUAAGGCCAGAUCACCACAGUAGCAUUGCACUCUCACCAGAGAAGGACUCGCCAUUCACUCGAGUGUCAGAUUCAGUGCCAGAUGAUGAUGAUCUGAUUCAUCAUGAGCAACUAAACCAUGAAGAGCUUACUGUAUCCUUAAUAAGCACACAGUCUCCAGAUGGGUUAGACCAUCUGGUUCACAAUGAACCAGCAGUGUUUCACCAUGAACACACAAGGUAUAAAGAUAUUACUAACACUUCAGUAAUCACACCAACUUCAGAUGCUCCUCAAUCAAAACCAGCAGUGAUUUAUCAUGAACACCAUGAAAAUCUUCCUGAAGCUCCAUCAAGCACUCCUCCUCCAUAUGGUCCUCAGUCAAAACCAGUAGUAGCUCACCAUGAGCACACAAAGCAUACAGAUCUUAAUGAAGCACCAGUAAGCACAGAACCUGUAGAUGGUCCUCAGUCAAAACCAACAGUUGUUUACCAUGAACACCAUGAAGAGCUUCCUGAAGCUCCAAGAAGCACUCCAUCUUCAAGUAGUCCUCAGUCAAAACCAGCAGUGGUUCACCUUGAUUAUCGAAACCAUGAAGAUCUUCCUGAACCUCCAGUAAGUACUCCUUCUCCAGAUGGUCCUCAGUCAAAACCGGCAGUGAUUCGUCAUCAGGACCAUGAAGAUGCUCCUGAAGCUCCAGUGAGGGCUCCGUCUUUAGAUGGUCGUCAGUCGAAACCAGCAGUGGUUUACCAUGAUUAUCGAAACCAUGAAGAUCUUCCUGAACCUCCAGUAAGCACUCCUUCUCCAGAUGGUCCUCAGUCAAAACCAGCAGUGAUUCAUUAUGAGCACCAUGAAGAUGUUCCUGAAGCUCCAGUGAGGGCUCCGUCUUUAGAUGGUCGUCAGUCGAAACCAGCAGUGGUUCACCAUGAGCAUCGAACCCAUGAAGAUCUUAAUGAAGCUUCAAAAAACACACCACUUCCAAAGGUUCCUCAGUCAAAACCAGCUGUGGUUUUCAGUGAGGACACAAGACAUGAAGAUCUUAGUGAAACCCCAGUACACACUCUAUUUUCAGAUCCACAGUCAAAACCAGCAGUCGUUGUUCCUUCCUCUGUGCAGAAAGUUGAUGACCACGUUCCUGUGACUGAACUCCAACCUUUUGAACAUGGUGUCUCUGAUGUGCCCAGCAUCGCUGUCAGCUUUGAUGUCUUCCAGUAUGGCGGGGUGUCGAUUGAAGGGGAAAGCAGUGGCUUCUCCAGUGGAGCUCAGGCCUCUGAUUUAGAUGCCAUUGCAUUGCCAACCCGACCUGGCAGGGCGUUAACAAUUUUCUUCAGCUUGAGGGUGACCAAUAUGGUGUUCUCAAUGGACCUGUUCAACAAGAGCUCCCCGGAAUACAAGGCUCUGGAGCAGCGUUUCCUCCAGCUGCUGGUCCCAUACCUGGAGUCAAACCUGAACAACUUCCAGAACCUGGAGAUCCUUAACUUUAGAAAUGGCAGCAUUGUGGUAAACAGUAGGAUGAGGUUUGGUAAACCAGUACACAGAGGAGUCACCAAUGUUGUCUAUUUAAUCUUGGAAGACUUUGCCAACACUGCCUAUCAGACCAUGAACCUCGCAAUUGACAAGUACUCACUUGAUGUUGAGUCAGGUGACCGGGCUGAUCCCUGUAAGUUCCAGGCAUGUAACAAGUUUUCCAGGUGUAUAGUGAAUCAGUGGUCAAGUGAAGCAGAGUGUGUGUGCAACGCUGGAUAUCUGAGUGUGGAUGGCCUGCCAUGUCAGAGCAUCUGUGAGGUGCAACACGAUUUUUGCCUUAAUGAUGGAAAAUGUGACAUCAUCCCUGGCAAGGGUGCCAUCUGCAGGUGUCGUGUUGGAGAAAAUUGGUGGUAUCGUGGUGAACACUGUGAAGAGUAUGUUUCCGAGCCAUUGGUGGUGGGCAUCGCCAUUGCCUCAGUGGCUGGUUUCCUGAUGGUGGCGGCUGGGAUUAUCUUUUUCCUGGCUAGGUCGUUACAAGAGCAGUAUGAUGGGGAGGACACAGAGGACCCCUUACGGCGAGGUGACAGUUUGCCAACACUUGAACGUGCCACCAAGUUCAACCCGAUGUUUGAGAGUGACCCUGUUACUGCCCAGUACUACCGCCGCUACAAUGAUGAUGUGCCCCAGUACUACCAUGAGUCUGAUCGCGGGCUCCCUCACUUCAGCAGCUCUGCCAGUGUAGGCGAUUCUAAAGACCUCAGCAGUGAAGAGAUAAAAAACAUCUAUCAAAACACCACACUCAGUAAAGAGGAGAUUCAAGAACGCCUGAGGAUAAUCGAGCUGUGCGCAAGGGAUCAACACUUUGCAGAAUUUGUGCGACAGACUCAAAUAUUCCUGGAGAGGAGAGGGAGCUCCAGCACAUAACCAUCCAGCAGCCUCUGACCAGAAACCUGCCUUCGUCUGUGUGUUGAGGAAGGGAGUAGAGAUGAAGGUGACCAAAUGUUCAACAAUCUUGGAGUUUAUUUUCUAAGAACAGUGUUUUACUUCUGAGGGACCUUGAAAUGAACUUGGGAUCCUUGAGGUUGCCUCUUCUCUUACCUUGAAACUUCAACUUUUCCUGUAUUCACUGUGUUGCUUAUUUAUUCUGUACAAAGACUUCAGUAACUGCUUUUUAACCUCUCAACAGUUUCACAGCUGCAUACCUCUGUCUUACACUUUCACCUUAGCUUAAAUUCAAGGGUUUCUGAUAAUAUCCCAACUUGCCUGUCACUGCUGUCAUAUUAAAGAAGCGCGUCUGAAGUAUAGUUUUUAAUUUUUGCACCAGUAACAUUAUUUUAAUA